GGAGAGGAGGGGAGGGGAGUCGUCUGCCUUCCGCUUCUCGGCUGGAUUGACACACAAUGAGGACCCAAGGCUGGAAAGACGCUCAUCAAACGCCGCUGUAAAUAAAAACAACAAAUCACUCAGGCCAGUGAAACAUGGAGAAUCAGUGCACAGUGCAGGUGAAACUGGAAUUGGGCCACAGAGCUCAGCUGAGGAAGAAAGUCACAUCGGAGGGCUUCACCCACGACUGGAUGGUUUUUGUCCGAGGGCCAGAGAACGGCGACAUCCAGCACUUUGUAGAUAAGGUUGUCUUCCGCCUGCACGAGAGCUUCCCCAAACCUAAAAGAGUAUGCAAGGAGCCCCCAUACAAAGUGGAGGAGUCAGGCUACGCAGGCUUCCUCAUGCUCAUCGAGGUCUACUUCAAGAACAAGGAAGAGCCAAAAAAGGUGUGUUUCAACUAUGACCUAUUCCUGAACUUGGAGGGCAAUCCACCUGUUAAUCACCUCCGCUGUGAGAAGCUCACCUUCAACAACCCCACCAAAGAUUUCAGGAAAAAGCUGAUCAAAGCUGGCGGGGUCUUGGUGGUUCCGGAGGUGGCCGAAGCAGUGUCCAGGCCCAGUCCAGACUAUCCGAUCCUCCCCACCAUCCCCCUCUCAGCAUUCUCAGAUCCCAAGAAAACCAAGACCUCUCAUGUGUCAAAGGAACCCAGUAAAGAAGGAGGCGGCGGCGGCGGCGGGAGCAGCAAAGGACCCAAACCGCACAAGAUGACCAAGGAGCACCGCGAAAGACCCCGAAAAGACUCGGAGAGUAAAGCCUCGUCCAAAGGCGACAACGACAGAGAUGGAAGCGGCAAAAGCGGACGUGACUCUUCCUCGACCUCGUCUUCGAAAAAGCCCUCAGACAUCAAAGUUAAAGAUGAAGUCAAAGUCUUGCCCAAGGCAGCUUUCAAGGAGCCCAAGCUCACCCUGAAGGAGUCAAAGAUGGAGGGCAUGUCUCCAAAAGGAGGGGGGGCUGGGAGUGGAGGGGGUGGCGGCGGUGGAGGAGGAGGAGGAUCUGCAGAGUCCAAAGCCCCCAGCAAAAGACCCUCGACUGUGGAGUCUCCCAAACCCAGUGCCAAGAAGCAGAAAAAGGGCAGCUCCGAGGGUCCCAAAGGCCCGUCUGGCGCCGCUUUCACAGGUUCCCCUCGCGUGUCGUCAUCAUCCGCUGCCACUCAACCCUACGCCGACAAGAAACACUCCAAGGAAAAAGGUCGCUGGGCCAAAAGCAAAAACGACACACAGGAUUUGAAAGAACCCAAGAAACUUCCCGAGUCAGAAGAUUCCAAUUCAGAGGAUGAAGCCUCUUCAAAGUCUGAGCAGUCGGCUCCUUCCAGCCCUUCAAACUCGAGUUCCAGCUCCGACUCCAGCUCAGACUCGGACUUUGAGCCGGGACAGAAACCAGGACAAGGUCCCUUGCGAUCCAUGGUGGAGGAGAUCCAGUCAGAGGAGUCGGACGAUGACGACAGCAGCUCGGAGGAGGGGACCCCCGUCAAGACCAAUCCUCCCAAUCGCGACUCUCGACUGAGCCUGGACAGCGAGAGUGACAGCAGUGACGGGUCGCACCGCCCCAGUCGAGACCCGGCCCCACCCCCGCAGAAACACAGCUCCUCUAAUAAUAAUAAAGUGUCGGGCCGAAAGAGCCCGGACUCCUCGUUCCGUUCGGAGAAGGUGUUGAAGAAGGGAUACGACAAGAUUGCUGUUGGUUUGGCAAACGGAUCCAGAUGUUUGGACAAACUGCCACUGAACUCUUGUCAAGUAUUUUUCUUAGCACCACAUCAAACAUCCUUCCGACGGCUCUCGUUCAACUCACAAGAAAACAUCCAUGCUUUGCUGGAUAUCUUUACUUCUUUACUUUGCAAUCAGCGUAUUUUCAACGACACUCUUCUCUCCCAAAUGAUUCAGGCCUACACAGAAGAGUUAGUGGACCUCCAUCGCAGACUGAUGGCUUUAAGGGAGCGCAAUGUCUUGCAACAGAUCGUCAACCUGAUUGAGGAGACGGGCCACUUCAACGUGACCAACACCACUUUUGACUUUGACCUCUUUUCCUUGGACGAGUCCACCGUCCGCAAACUACAGAGCUACCUGGAGGCGACGGCCACGUGACAGGAAGCGGAGGCGGAGACGGCCAUAUCUCCUUCAUCGCUCAACAGCAAGCAACGUAACCACACACACGCGUAAGAACAAAGAAGCACACACGAAGACGCCGCCGCCGCCGCCACCGCAGCUUGAUGACACGCUGGCGAGGGAACCCGUGGAGGAAGGGGAGGACGGCGUGAGCGGGAGAGUCCCAGAUGGCAGUAGGAGAGGAGCGCCGCAGGAAGUUAACGGCAUGGCGGACCCGUGGAAUUCAGCCGCCCCCGCCCCCCUCGCACACCCUUCAGCGCGUCACACUCGUCCUCCUCCUCCUUCUUUCCAUUCACACUCCUUCCCGGCCAGAUCACUCCACAUCCCAUCCCCCUGCAAUCAGCCCCAUUGGGCCUUGGCAGUUACUGACUUUUCUUAUUUUGGAACGCACACGCAUGUGUACAUGUGGAAGCGUGCGUGCGUGUUUGGAUGGCAUCGCUGCUCUCCCAACAUCCCAACAUGACUUUGCUCUUGCACUGAAAGCUGAGCCCUGACCUCGCGCCAAUGCCUCUCCAAAUUUCACCUCCCAGCACCCCCAAAGCUGCAAGUGCAUCCUUCCUUCCUUCCUUCCUUCCCUCCUUCCCUCUCAUGCCAGCGUGCACCAAAGGGCUCCACUGCUGGUCGCCAGUGCGUUCUUGGAUUGCCGACUGGUGGAUUUGUAAAACUAAUAAAAGUAGCCAUACUCGUCUCCCAGAAUCCAAAAAUAAGAAAAAGUAGGGGCCAUGUGCCCCCGCCCCCCCCUUUUUUUUUUUUUUUUUAAUAUUUUAUUUUUCUACAAAUGCAUUUGUGUUUCUACUCCCAGAUUUGCGGUUAAAUGACCUGUGAGCUAUGAAUGUAUCUCAAUUUUAUUUUUCUACGCCCAACAAGCCCACUCUAGUGCCUUUCUGCAGCAUGAAGUGGGUGUUCCCCAGCAUCCCCACCCCAUCCCCACCACCACCGCCCCCCUCCGCUUUGAAAAAGGGGGAAAGCAAGUGUUAAUCAGGCUGCCUGAUUCUUCAGUAUUGUCUUAAAGGCUUCUUUUUCUUCCCCAGUGUCCUUGUAGGCAGUUGUAGUCCUUCCUCUCGUCAUCUCUGUAGAAACUGUAUAACUGGUGUUUAUGUUUUUGCUUUUCUGCCACUAGCUCAGUGUUUAAUGUGGGGGGGGGGGGGGUACGUUAUAUGAACUAGCUGUAGAAACUGUCGAUUUGGGCUUGCUGUGUAUGUGACCUCCCUUCCUUCGAGGUGAACUAUCAAAUCAUGAUGACCACUCGCAAUAGAAUCAGUCUUUGAAGAGCCCAGUCAUCUCAACCCCAAACCAAUUUCACGCAACUUCUUCACCAAUCACGUGUACAAGUAUGGAUAUUGUUAAUGAAAGCUGAAAAAGUGCGCUCAGGGUCACAGGGAACCGAACCCAGUUCACUUCAUAGUCCAUGACAGUAAUAGCAAUGUUUACAACAGGUUUGUAGUUGCACGUGGUUGCCACAAGAUGGCAGCAAAGCACUACAUUCACACUAGACAGGGCAAUGGCCUUUCUUGAUGAAGCUCCCGCCUAGGCUUCAACACAAGAUGGAGAGAAAUGCCAUGCAGCAGCCUGGGGUGGAGGUCCACACUUGAACUGAAUGCGUCCUUUGCCGCUCUGCCUUUUGUGUAUUUAUUGUGUAGCUUUAAUACUGGCGUGUUGCGGGGGCCGUCACUCUGCUCACUGCUGUUGUUUUGAAACAGCCCCCCCCCCGGCCCAUCCCGCCUGUGCCUCUGUCAACAAAACCCCGACCGACUCCCAGUUGCUUUGUGUGACAGCCAGGCGUCCUCUUCUGAGUGGACGUCCGAGUUCAUGAACUCUUGACUGUUUGACCCGCUACUCUUUGUACCCAACCGGGUCAUUGGAGUGGAUGUUGACCCAAGAAAUGCCCCGCAGUCUACCCACAGUCUACGUUUUAUUUAUGGACCUCUGCACUUUUGGCUGUGAUGACUUCAGUACUUAAAUAGUUCCCUAAAUUGUAUUUUUAAGGAUUUUAUACAAUAUUUACAUGCAAUAUGAUAUUAUUUGAUUGUUUUUUGCCAAAUUGUUUUUGUUAAUUUAAUCGUCUUGAAUUUGGGCGCAUUUUGUCACUAGCCGUCACCAACCAACAUGCCCUCUCGAAGCUCUUUUUCUUUUUUGCCUGAACUCUUUUUCCUGGCACGUUCCCUGUAAUGUUUUUGUGUAUCUCAUGACAGCUGAGCACCAAGAAGCAGGUGUUGCAGAUGUUUGCUGGAUGACCUCAACUUAAUCACUGUCUGCUUCCAGUCACAAUAACUGGACCACAGAGAGAACGCCACACUUUUGUUCAGGGAGCUGUUAAGCUAAAAAAAAAUAAUAAUUUUGGGUUUUCCUGUGCUUUGACGUACGGUUUCAUAGACGACGCUCGGCACAAACACGUCAUAGGAAAGGAGGGGACUGCGGGAGCUGGCCAUUUACACUUGGACAAUACAUCUGAGGUCAAUAAUCUGUUGUGUGCAUCUUGAAAGGAAGAGCAUGUGUAUUUAUAAGGGUUCAAUUCUUUGACUGGGGGGGUUGUGAGGAAAUUGGUGGCAACAUCAAGAUGUGGUCAACACAGAACAAACCAGAUGAAGGGCACAUGAGCAAGUCAAUUUGGUCAAAGACAAACUUGGCAUUGAAAUGCCACCAUGUGGCCAUAUGAUGCAAGUUGUUGUCAUAGUCGAAACAUGUUAUUUUAAUGUUAUUUUUAUUUGGAAAAUCAUAAUAAAGUCAUGAAGUACUGUCA